AUUUGAACCUAUCGUUCUCCCUCUCUUCUGCCCUUCUGGUCUCGACCCCCUAGCUCUGUUCUUGUCUCGGCGGCAAAGCAUUAAGCUGAUGUACAUAAAUAUGGUGAUUUGUGGAGUGCCUGAAAGGUGUUCGAUGAAACGUCUGAGAAAAAUACAGUUUACCGCCUAAAGCUCCAGAAAAAAGAAAACUUUAAACUUUGUUUGCAGUGCUUUCGUGACCAACCUAGACUCCAUAGCCAUGGAGCAAAAGCUUCUAUCGAGUUUAGAACAAAUUUUCAGAAUUCAGACAAAGAUAUCUUUAAAACCCUUCUCUAUGGCAAGAUCUCUCAUCUUAAACCCCUCAACCUCCGAUCAAACCAUCUCCUCCAUCCUCCAAAUCUUAGAAACUCUAUCAACAGCUACAAUAAACCCCAAAUUCGACCUUCUCAAUUUCAUCACACUCCUUUGUGAAAUCUCCAUUGUCCACCGCCAUUUCUCCCCAACCGUCACCACCAUACUCCGCUCGCUCUGCCUUCACUGCCCCAGCAUUCCCCCACGUGCCGCCGGACUUGCACUCUCUACCCUUGUUUCCAUCGCUCCUGCUUCUGCUUCCGACUUGGGUCCUGCGUUUUCAGAGGGAUUGUUUUUAUCGCUCUGCUUCGGUCCGUGCGUGCCUGUGCGUCAAAGGCUGUUAAUGGAUGCGGAGAAAUUUAGAGUCCGACCGUCAGUUCUGCUCACGGUAUUGCUAGGGUUCACUAAGGACCCGUAUCCUUACGUGAGGAAGGCUGCUUUGGAUGGGUUGAUUGAUUUCUGCAAAUGGAUUGUUGUUAACGAUCAUCUUAUGGUUGAAGGAUGCUACUUGCGUGCUGUUGAGCUGUUGUUUGAUACCGAGGAAUGCGUGAGAUGCUCAGCUGUUCAUGUGGUAAAUGAAUGGGGAAACUGGCUUGUGGAAAAUAGUGAGGAUAAAAGCAAAAGAGAUUGCUCAGAUGCAUUGUAUGUACAGCUCUGUUCAAUGGUGAGGGACAUGAGUAAGAAAGUCAGAAUCGAAGCUUUUAAUACCCUUGGUAAGGCAGGAAUGGCGUCCGAGUACAUUUUGAUGCAAACCCUCUCUAAAAAAGUCUUACCGACCACGAAAGAAAAGAUGUUCCCUGGUCAGCUCUCAGGAAAGCUUUUAAGUUUACCAGCAUCAAGUGCUGCCGGAGCUUUCAUACAUGGGUUGGAGGAUGAAUUCUUUGAGGUACGGAGUUCUGCAUGUUAUGCCUUGAGGAUGCCUGCCGUUCUUUCUGCCGACUUCGCUGCUGGAGCUUUAGGUUUAUUGAUGGAUGUGUUGAAUGAUGAUUCAACUGUUGUCAGAUUACAAGCUCUGGAGACCAUGCAUCACAUGGCAGUUUUUGGUCAUCUAAAAGUGCAAGAAAUGCACAUGCACAUGUUCCUUGGCACGCUAGUUGAUAUGAACUCAUCCAUAAGAUUUACAGCUAGGAAAGUACUUCGAUUAACCAAGCUCCAUGACCUGCCUCUGUUUAAACUAGCUGCUGACAGCCUCAUACAGAGUCUAGAAAUAUAUCCACAGGAUGAGCCGGAUGUUCUCUCUCUUAUAUUUGAUAUUGGCCGAAGGCAUGGAAGUUUUGCUGUCAGCAUCACUAAGGAAAUUCUUUCAGAGAUUGAACCUUCAUCCGAAAGCACUUGCGACUUCAAUAGUUCAAAAACUGCUGCACGUCUUGUAUUGGCCAUCUCUGCUCCACUCUCCCAUGGAAAGCAACAGCAGUUGCACAGCAUACCGUCAAUAUUAUAUUCUUAUGCUGUUACAAUGCUUGGAAGAAUUUCUCAUUGCUUGACUGAAGUGAUGAACCAGGACACACUUUUGGCUUAUUUGUCAUAUUGUAGUAGAUCAACUGGAGUCAACCCUAUAGAUUCCGUGAAGAUGGUUGAAGAUGAUCUGCCAACAGAGACCAACGGACGACUAACCUGUUGUGUCAGAUUGGACAUGGUUCAUAUGAGUGAUGGUGGUUCUGAAAUUCAGUCGCAGGGACUCCUUGAACCAAGCCAAAUAGCCGUUCCCCAUGUAGCAGAUAAUUGUGUAAAGUUCAUCCUUGCUAAUAUCGGAGAAAUAUGGGAUAUGACAAAGUUGGGAUGCAUAAGUGAAGUGCUUAUGACAUUGAGGAGUUGGAAGGAAGAGCUAGCAACUUUUAUCACCGAUUCACAUCAAUCCGAUUCCGUAUUAAUUCUUACUUUACAAUACCUGCAUCUGGUGAAACUGCUUUCAAAAGCAUGGUGGCAUGUUACAUGCCCAAUAAACUUUAUAUAUAAUGAGAUGGGGAACUUAGGAUACAUUUUGCAGAAGUUAGAGAGUACUCUGAGAGAAGUAAGAUGUAGGUUCAUUGGGUUGAGUAAAGAAGAUGAGUUGCAUUUUCUUGAGCUGAUGCUUGUUGCUUGUACACUGAGAUUGUCUAUUUUUGAUGCCAGCUGUCCUGAAUCUGCUCUCACAAAAUUAUACUCCACAAAGUCACGGGUGAUGUUACUUUAUGAGGAUUGUUCAAUAGAACCUUCUAGAUUUGUGAGCGAACUCAUUAAAGUAUUGCAGAAAAACGAUACAUGUGAUAUCUCUCGGUUUCGGGAGUCGCUUGAGUUUUUCUCCUUAAAUCAACUUGUAUUCUCUGGAAGCUUUAGAUACAUGAAAGCAGAAGUGGAUAUUGGGGACAAUGACUGGUUAAAGCCGCUUCCUUUUGUGGCAGGACUACCUGUUGAUAUACCGUUGAAGAUCAGGCUGCAUAAUACACCGAUUGAGACUAAAGUGUGGCUAGAAAUGAGAAUGUCCAAGGACUUAAACCAGUAUGUGUUUGUUGACUUGAAACUGUUUGAUGGUUCUGAUGAGAUUAGGGAAUUUACAUUUAUAGCUCCCUUUUAUAGAACACCAAAAGUUAAUUCUUUUAUAUUAAGGUUAUCUGUAGGCAUGGAAUGCUUAUCUGAGGAGAUUAAUUAUUUCAGAGGCCAUGGUGGGCCAAAGCAUGAGCUUGUUUACCUUUGCAAGGAAAAAGAAGUCUUCCUUUCUAUGGUUGUUAAGCAAUGUUAAUGGUAACUUUCAUAGAAUCGACCAAUUUGAAGAUAAAGAACGCCACAAGGUUGCUUGUUACUACUUGGGAGGCAAAUUUUGAUGGAAGUUCCCCACUUAUUAGUAAGGCAUUGGUUUUGCUUCACGGAGGUCACCAGUUCAACUCCUCUACGGGCUGGUGGAGGUUUGUUUGGUUGUUAACUUCAAGGUGCCAUGGGAUUAGUCGAGAUGCGAGCAAGCUGGCCCGGACUUCCAUGGUUAUC